UUGUAAAGAAUGUAUUGAUCAGGAGCUGUCAUCCGCAUUAAAAUACUGCUGCAUUUUAUGUUUGAUGAAUAUUCAUACUCGUUUUCUUGUUUCCGCAUAGCCUUUUAACCUUACGGGGACUCAUUGAGCCAAGAACUUCGCAGUUCAUAUACCCCUUUUGCCUCGACUUUGAAUCCACUUUUGGUUCUUUCUUGAUUUGAUAUUGCAGGUUCUUGAUCAUCUUGGAAAUGAGUAUCCAGAGGUUUAUUAGUACUCAGGGCAAUGAGUUUUCGAGUGACUGUACUUUAGAGUUUCCGAAAAGCUCAGGUCAAGUGCAAGAUUUUGUUGAUCAACAGUUGCAGUAUUCAUCAUACAUGGAGCUUUGUAAUUUUCAGCUUGCUAGUUCAUCUUCAAGUAGUAUAAUCAGCUGUAUUGGUUCCCCUUCUUCAGCUUUUUUCGCUACUGAACGUUGCCUCGGGUUGACACAGUAUGAUAAUCAAGAUGAUACUUCCCAGACCGAGAAUUAUGAUCUUCAAAUGUCAUCAUAUGAUCCUCAACAAUGUCGAAAUGGAUUCUUCGAAGACUCAAUGGUACAAUCUGAGCCUAUUUCACUGCCAUCAUUCAUAAGUCCUGAGGGACCUUGCAGACAGUGCACUUUUUCCGAUGCAUCGGAAGAAGAGAGGAUGUUGCAUCUGAAAAAUAAGUUGUUGGGAGAAUUCGAUGCUUCAUAUCGGAGGCACCCUGCGUUGCCUUUUGAUGAAAAUCAAGAUUACUGUCUCUCUCAUGAUUUGUGUGGCUCUCAAUUGACACGUAUGCGGCAACAAUCCUUGAGUCCUUCACUUACUUGUCAUAACUCUGCAUCUUCUGGUGCAACACAGAAGCCUAGUAAGACAAGAAUCAGGUGGACUGAAGAUCUACACGAUCGAUUUCUUGAGUGUGCAAAUCGCCUUGGAGGCGCUGACAAGGCUACGCCGAAGCAAAUACUAAAUCUGAUGGACUCAGAAAGCUUAACUCUUGAUCAAGUUAAAAGCCAUUUGCAGAAAUAUCGUAAUGCAAAACAUCCAGAAUCUGCAGGGAAAUCUGAAAAGAGAAACAGCCUGGAUACUGUGACAGAUAUCGAGAGCAAAACCGCAACAGAAAUCACCGAAGCACUGAAAAUGCAACUAGAAGUACAAAGGUGUCUUCACGAACAACUAGAGAAUCAACGAACAUUACAAACGAGGAUCGAAGAACAAGCAAAAAAGUUGAGGAUGAUACUUGAUCAACAGCAAAACACAAACAGGACUGUUUUGGAGACGAGAAAUUCAAACGUUUCAUCUGAUAAUUAGCCUGUCAAGGAACUCGAUUCAAAUGUAAAAUACAGUAUAAAGUUAUACCGAAUUAGUUUGUUCAUUAUCAAACUAGUAAAUGUCAAUGACUCUGUUGACUGCAUAGGCAAAAAUGUAAUGAAAUGAAAGGAUUCA